AUGGAAAAAGAUCUUGGCAGGACUGUUGUUGUGAGUGUUCUGUGGCUUAGAAAGGAAUUUCCUACAGGCUGGACUAACCAUUACAAAUGUCUCUACCUUCAGGAGUCCCAGGCGUGCAGUAGAGCCUCGCCGCGGGAAAUGUCAGCUUGGACCAUGGGCGCCCGCGGUCCGGAGAAGCGAGGAAGUUUCUUUAAGCUCAUUGACACAAUCGCCUCGGAGAUUGGAGAACUGAAACAGGAGAUGGUGCAGACAGAUGUCAGCCUGGAAAAUGGCCUGGGACCCACAGAAGCCCACAGCAUGGUGAGACACAAGGACGAUGGCUACUCCGAGGAAAAGGAUGUGAAGACCUGUCCCCGGGACUCUGGCUACGACAGCCUGUCCAACAGGCUCAGCAUCUUGGACCGGCUCCUGCACACCCACCCCAUAUGGCUGCAGCUGGGUCUGAGCGAAGACGAGGCGGCAGGAGUCCUACGGGCACAGCCUCCGGGGAUCUUCCUGGUUCGUAAAUCCACCAAAAUGCAGAAGAAAGUCCUCUCCCUUCGCCUGCCCUGUGAAUUUGGAGCCCCACUCAAGGAAUUUGCCAUAAAGGAAAGCACAUACACCUUUUCCCUGGAAGGCUCAGGAAUCAGUUUUGCGGAUUUAUUCCGGCUCAUUGCUUUCUACUGCAUCAGCAGGGACGUCCUGCCGUUUACCUUGAAGUUGCCUUAUGCCAUUUCAACAGCCAAGACUGAGGAUCAGCUUGAAAAACUAGCCCAACUGGGACUAAAUUUUUGGAGCUCUCCAGCUGACAACAAACCCUCAAACCCUCCACCUCCCCAUAGGCCUCUCUCCUCUGACGGUGUGGGUCCUGCCUCGCGUCAGCUCUGCCUUAUAAAUGGAGUGCAUUCUAUAAAAACCAGGACGCCCUCGGAGCUGGAGUGCAGCCAGACCAACGGAGCCCUGUGCUUUAUUAAUCCUCUGUUCUUCAAAGUGCACAGCCAGGAGCUCGGCGGAGGCCCGAAGCGGCCCUGCACCCGGACUCCCCCCGACGCGAAUGGCACGGAGAGGCCUCGGGCCCCCCCACCCCGGCCCCCGCCCCCCCCCCCCAGCCCCAACCCUCAAGUCCAAUGGCCACAACCAUCUCAGAGCUCAGCCCUUCCUGGACUCUCCUCUCUGACAAAACCUCCCCUGGCAGAUCCCUAAGUGGAUGAAGACGCGGCCCCAUGGGCCUUGGUUAUGUCUCCAAAACACAUGGCCAAGACCUUGAUCGGCGGCCGGCCUCGCCCGGAGCCCGCGGCGGGCCCGGCCGGCGGCGCAGGUGGAGCCCCGGCGGCGGCGGAGGCGGUGGAGGAGGAGGCCCCGCGGGAUUGCACAAGGGCCCGGCCCGCCGCCGCCCCUGCAUCCCCAUCCCGGCCGCCGUGGCGCGGAGGCCGACAGAGGCUGAGUGACAUGAGCAUUUCCACUUCCUCCUCCGACUCGCUGGACCUGGACCGCAGCAUGCCCCUGUUUGGCUACGAGGCGGACACCAACAGCAGCCUGGAGGACUACGACGUGGAGAGCGACCAGGAGACCAUGGCCCCCCCCAUCAAGUCCAAGAAGAGGAACAGCUCCUUCGUGCUGCCCAAGCUCGUCAAGUCCCAGCUCCGCAAGAUGAGCGGGGUGUUCAGCUCCUUCCUGACCCCCGAGAAGCGCAUGGUGCGCAGGAUCGCCGAGCUGGCCCGCGACAAGCGCACCUACUUCGGCUGCCUGGUGCAGGACUACGUGAGCUUCCUGCAGGAGAACAAGGAGUGCCACGUGUCCAGCACGGACCUGUUGCAGACCGUCCGGCAGUUCAUGACCCAGGUGAAGAACUACUUGUCCCAGAGCUCGGAGCUGGACCCCCCCAUCGAGUCGCUGAUCCCCGAAGACCAAAUAGAUGUGGUAUUGGAAAAAGCCAUGCACAAGUGCAUCUUGAAGCCCCUGAAGGGCCACGUCGAGGCCAUGCUGAAGCACUUCCAUGUGGCCGACGGCUCAUGGAAACAACUCAAGGAGAACUUGCAGCUCGUGCGGCAGAGGAAUCCACAGGAGCUGGGCGUUUUCGCCCCCACCCCUGACUUUGUGGAUGUGGAGAAAAUCAAAGUCAAGUUCAUGACCAUGCAGAAGAUGUAUUCACCAGAAAAGAAAGUCAUGCUUCUGCUGAGGGUCUGCAAGCUCAUCUACACCGUCAUGGAGAACAACUCAGGAAGGAUGUAUGGAGCCGAUGACUUUUUACCGGUCCUGACCUAUGUCAUAGCCCAGUGCGACAUGUUGGAACUGGACACAGAGAUUGAGUACAUGAUGGAACUCCUGGACCCAUCCCUGUUACACGGAGAAGGGGGCUACUACCUGACCAGCGCCUACGGAGCACUUUCCCUGAUAAAGAAUUUCCAGGAAGAGCAGGCAGCGAGACUGCUGAGCUCUGAGGCCAGGGACACCCUGAGGCAGUGGCACAAGCGGAGGACCGCGAACCGGACCAUCCCCUCAGUGGACGACUUUCAGAAUUACCUCCGGGUUGCAUUCCAGGAUGUCAACAGUGGCUGCACGGGAAAGACCCUCCUUGUGAGGCCUUAUGUCACCACGGAGGACGUGUGUCAGCUCUGUGCCGAGAAGUUCAAGGUGGCCGACCCCGAGGAGUACAGCCUCUUCCUCUUUGUGGACGAAACGUGGCAGCAGCUGGCAGAGGACACAUACCCUCAGAAAAUCAAGGCCGAGCUGCACAGCCGGCCACAGUCCCACGUCUUCCACUUUGUCUACAAGCGCAUCAAGAAGGAUCCUUACGGCGUCAUCUUCCAGAACGGGGACGAAGAGCUCACCGCCUCCUAGGAGACACGCGAGGCUUCCCAGUGGUGCAUCCAAAGAGCGGAGUUAGGAACCUGGCCUCUGGCUUCCACGUGCUUGUGCUUGCAAAGCAGUCACCUCCUUGGGGACCGCUCGGUUCAGUGACGGAGCCAUCCACAGGCUGACUUGGCCAAGGGCACCUUUAGCCACGAUGCCCAAGCACAGUAGCUGAGGUUCAUGAAACAGUAGGAUCCGUCCUUCAGAGAUGGAGAGCUGCAUCUGAUGGGUCAGGUGUCCCGAGAUCGUUUGCUGUCUACCCCCAGCCAGGUACUGGGUUGGCUCACGUGUAUGUAUACGUACAGAAUAAACAUUUAAGGUACAAGCUCUUCUCUUGAGUUCAACAGCAGGCGUUUGACAAGACUGUCCGAUGCAGUGCAUCAAGGACCUCUCAGUUCAGUGGGUGCCUCCAUCC